AUGGACCACGGUGUACCCCAUCUCCAUCUCAUCUCCAUUGUGCAAAUUAACUUCAACCAAGACUUUGUCAUCAGUGGGGGCGGGCUUCCUGGAACGCAGUACAAGGUGGCCCAGCUUCACUACCACUUUGGUAGUACCUACGGACAAGGGUCGGAGCACGCCCUCGACGGCAGGCAUUACGAAGCCGAGAUGCACCUGGUGACGUACGACACCCAGUAUCCAUCCUUUGCCGAAGCUGUAAAGCACAAAGACGGGUUAGCAGUUUUUGGAGGAAUGAUCGAGGUUGGGUUGUUCGACAACGCCCUAUACGAAGACUUCCUGAGUGAUGUAGAAGACAUCGAGUACAAAGGGGAUUCUAGCGACUUCUCUCUGCCCUGCUGCUUGGUGGAUCUGCUGCCUAAGGAUUUUGGUGAUUUCUACCGCUACCGUGGCUCACUGACCACGCCUCACUGCAACGAGGUGGUCAUCUGGACCGUGUGGAGGACACCUGUGCGACUGUCUGCAGGGCAGCUUGGGGUGUUCCGGAGCCUGUACCACACUGACGAGAAUGCUGUGACCGAGGAACCACUGGCGAAUAACUACCGCCCUCUGCAGCCGGUCAAUGGACGUGACAUCCAGUACAAUGGCGAGCAUAACUAUCGCUGGGUGCUGGACUUCGAGCAUUCUCUGUUGCCGCCUCCUCCAAUCGAUGACUAGAGUUGGCAUUCCGUCUGAGUUU